AUGUUUCAACAGGUCAAAUCAAUUUUUGCUCCCAAAAGUCGAUCCCGAUCAGGUUCAGCUGGACCAGUAUUUGGUUCUCCACCACCUACAGAUUCCUAUCUGGAUUCAAAUCAUUCACCUCCAUCUCUUUCUAAUACUCAUCACCAUUUCGAAAAGAGAAGACUUUCGAAUUAUUCACCAGCUGCCAAUAAUUUAUCACCAUCAUCCAAUAAUUCUCCAUCCCCUUCGUCAGCAAAUAACAAUUCUUCUGUUGGGUCAGCAAAUUCUGGCAGUAACUCGCCAAUUUCUCCCAGAAGAAAUGCUGUCAUUCUUAUAAAUAAUAGAAAGACCAUCACUGGAAGUACAAGUUAUUUGACAGGUGGCAGAUUUAAAAAGGCACCACCAUCUGGCCGUUUAUCGAGUAGAGAUGUUUAUAGUAAUCAAAAUUUGGAAGGAAAAUCUUCUUCACUAUCAACAUUAUUGUCCAAUAAUGCAAAUGUUCAUCCAUAUAUAAUUGUUACGUUAAAAUCUUGUGAAGAUUUAAUUCCCUGUGAUAGGAAUGGCAGAUCCGAUCCAUUUUGUGUAUUUCACCACCGAUAUUUGGAACAGGAAGAUCAUGAUCAUCAAGCAGCCCUCAAGGGAUAUUUGGAGGAAACAAAGAAAUCGAAAUGUCUCAAAAAAACACUCAAUCCAAUGUGGGAUGAGAGUUUCUUUUUCAGUGUGAGGAAUGUUGAACAGAACGGAAGUGAUGAGCUAUUUGUGGGAGCCAUUAAGGAUGAGCUGAUUGUAAAUGUUUGGGAUUUUGACUUGUUUCAAUCGAAUGAUUUUAUGGGAAGUGUCUCGGUGCCACUCUCUCAAUUGUUAAAAAAUCAAACACAGAAAUUCUAUUUGAAAUUGGAGGGUGUUCCUCAUGGAUUCAUCUUUUUGGAAAUUACAGCACAAAACUGUGGUUUGGAUUUGGGUGAUGAAUUUUUUGCAAGUGGAGCUCCAACUUCAAAUUCUACCACUCUAAGUAGUGGUAAGAGUAUUCGAUUUAAUCAGGCUGUUGUUGAUGGAACCAAUGUGGAAGUUUGUGCAACAGAUGUUAAAAUAGGCGAGUGGAAUGGAUUUAAAUUCGAUCAAUUCAUGACGAAUAGUAAAUUAUUACAAGAAUUAUUCCAAGAAUUGGAACAGAAUCCAAAUAAGGACUAUGAAUUGAUUCAACCACUGGGAGAGGGAUCAUAUGGAAUUGUAUUUUCUGCACUCAAAAAUCUUGGACCAGAACAGAAUAGGAAUGAAAUGGUUGCACUCAAAAAAGUUAAAAUUGAUAAUUUACAAAGUGCUCAAGAAAUUCUCUAUGAAAUUGAACUUGUUCAAUAUUUGGACGAGGGUGAAUUAUCAGAGUGGCCAUACAUUGUACACCACAAUAGCAUUUUCCUUGAAAGUGUAAAUAGAUCGAGUAAGGAGAAUGAAAAUGAUGAAAUGACCAUUUGUUUAGAGAUGCCACUCUUUUCACAAGGUGAUUUACAAAAAUUUUUGGAAUCCAAAGCAAGAAAGGGCAAGAAGAUUCAAAUUUCAACAUUUGUAUUGUACAUGAAACAGUUGGCAGAGACGUUGGCACUCUUGCAUCACCCAGAAUUCAGAUCGAGACACAAUAGAAAAUCACUCUCCUCUGAACCUAUCGAAAAUGAACAAAAAGAACCAUCGAAAGAAGAAAAUUCCUUCGUUUACUGUCAUCGUGACAUUAAACCUCAAAAUAUUUUCAUUGCAGAUGAUUAUCAAACAUUGAAAUUGGCUGAUUUUUCCUUCCUGAUACGUAUCAAUUCUGAGAAGGGUAUGAGUAAUGCAAUAGAUGGCAUGAAGAAUACCAAAUUGUGUGGUUCUAUUCCUCACAUGGCUCCAGAGCUCUAUCUCCAAAUGAACAGCGAUAGUGUGGACCCUAUUUCUCCAAGUGAGGAUAGAAGUGAUAGUGAGAAAAUUAGUGAGAUGGAAUUGUUACGAAAAACCGAUGUCUUUUCAUUAGGUGUAAUUGCCUACCAGCUGUUAACUUUUGAUACAAAGAUUGACCACACAUUCUACCAGAGAAUCAUGCCUGGAGGUGUCAAUUUUGGAGGCAAGUUAUCUAACAAGAAGAAACAAAAGGAGAAAUUCAAUGAUUUUGUAGAUGAAUUGGAAUUUGAAAUUAGCAAAAUGAUUUCUGUAGCUGAUAAUGAGGAAGAGUAUGCACUUAUUGAGCCAAUCAAGAAUGCAAUUCUUUCCUGUCUUAAAUGGAAUCCAAAAGAAAGAAUUUCCUCAUUGGAGUUGUGGGAUAAUUUGAGAAAGAUUGAAGAAUUAGUUGAAAAUUUGGAUACAGAACAGAUUUAACAAAUUCAAUAUCUUUCGUGGAAUAAAAUUACUAACCACCCUUGC